UCUGUCUUCACGGUGCUUCUUCUUCUUGAGGGAGGGAUGUUCUCCUCCUCCUCUCCUCCCUCCUCUGGAGUGUUAGAGAAUAUCUUCCAGCACAUUGAUCUUCAUCAAAAUGAAUUUGUUCAGUUGCUUAAAGAAUGGGUGGCCAUUGAGAGUGAUUCUGUUCAGCCCCUGCCUCACUUCAGACAAGAAAUCUUCAAGAUGAUGGACAUAGCUGCAGACAAGCUUCGACACUUAGGAGCCGCUGUGGAUUCGAUAGACAUGGGAUAUCAACAGCUACCUAAUGGACAGAACCUUCCAAUACCUCCUGUUCUUCUAGCUGAACUUGGUAAUGAUCCGAAGAAGCCCACUGUGUGUUUUUAUGGUCACUUGGAUGUGCAGCCUGCCAAAAAAGAGGAUGGGUGGCAUACAGAUCCCUUCACCCUCGAAGAAGUUGAUGGAAAACUUUAUGGACGGGGAACAACAGACAAUAAAGGACCUGUUUUAGCUUGGAUUAAUGCAGUGGCUGCCUUCAAAGCUCUAAACCAAGAUAUCCCAGUGAAUGUCAAAUUUAUCAUUGAAGGAAUGGAAGAAGCAGGUUCCAUUUCAUUAGAUGAGCUUAUCAGAAGAGAAAAAGAGCGUUUCUUCUCUAGUGUUGACUACAUCGUCAUCUCAGACAACCUGUGGAUCAGCAGGACAAAGCCUGCACUCACCUAUGGAACCCGAGGAAAUAUAUAUUUCACUGUGGAGGUGAAAUGCAGAGAUCAAGAUUUUCAUUCAGGAACUUUUGGUGGCAUUCUCAAUGAACCCAUGGCUGAUUUGGUAUCCCUUCUUGGCAGCCUGGUAGAUUCUUCAGGUCACAUCCUGAUCCCUGGAAUCUACGAUAAUGUGGCUCCUCUUUCAGAAGAGGAAAAGAAGAUGUAUGAAGCGAUUGAUUUGAAUGUAGAAGAAUAUCAAAAUAGUAGCCAAGUGGAAAAAUUCCUGUUUGACACCAAGGAGGAAAUCCUCAUGCACCUGUGGCGGUACCCGUCUCUUUCUAUUCAUGGGAUCGAGGGAGCAUUUGAUGAACCAGGAGCUAAAACAGUUAUACCUGCCCAAGUAAUAGGAAAAUUUUCAAUCCGCUUAGUGCCUCACAUGAGUAUUUCUGUCGUGGAGACACAGGUGAAAAAGCACCUUGAGGAUAUAUUCUCUCAGCGCAAUAGUUCCAACAAAUUGAAAGUCACCAUGACACUGGGAGUCCACCCAUGGGUCGCUAAUAUUCAUGAUCUUCAGUAUGUGGCUGCAAGAAGAGCAAUCAAAACAGUGUUUGGAGUAGAUCCUGAUAUGAUCCGAGAUGGAUCAACUAUUCCAAUUGCUAAAACAUUCCAGGAUAUCAUUCAAAAGAGUGUGAUGAUGCUACCCAUAGGAGCUGUUGAUGAUGGAGAACACUCUCAGAAUGAGAAAAUAAACAGGUACAACUAUAUAGAGGGAUCCAAAUUGUUUGCAGCCUUUUUCCUAGAAGUAGCUAAGAUGCACUCAUAAUUUACUCAAAUUUCCAACCCAUGACUACUAAACUGCCAAACCCUACUGAACAAAGAUGUUAUCUGAAGACAGAAAAACUUUCCUCUGCGGCGAAGAGCUUGUUUAAAUUGCUUCAUUUAAAAUGUCUUGGGAAAUUUGGACAAAUAAUAAAACAUUCUAA